AUGCUCGCUGAUUCCCAGUACGAAAAGCUCCUCAGCUCAGACAAGAACAACUUCAAGCUUUCUGUCUCUGCAGUAAAUCCAAAUGGCUGCACUCGUGAAGGCACUUAUACACUUUGCGUUGGCUCCCACAAGAACUUCAAGAAGAACGCUCAAGAAUUCAAAGUUGGCCAGCGCCUGAAGGAAACACAAUACAACUUCAAUUACACAAACGCGAAGCGUUCUUCCAUUGUCAUUGCUUUGUACAACCGUAAGAACUUCUGGUCUGAGGAUCAGGAACUCGGCAAGACAGAAAUCACUCUUGAUAACUUUGAUGCUAAUUCUCCAUGCACACGCGAGGUCCAACUUGGCACAAAUGGUCCAAGAGUUAUUCUUCAUGCUCAGAGAACAGAAAACUUUUAA